AGAGCAGAGGUAUCACGCCUCUAACCGGCCCUGUCCCGUGUAUACGCUCCCUCUCUCACUCUCUCUAUAGCUUGCAGUCUUCCUCCCGAGCGUUGUCGAAUCAGCUGUGUUAUACUUCGGGACUGUGUAUGGUCGGAAAUUGAGGUUGUCAUUUUUAUUUUUUUUUAGGGGAGGGGUUUCAUUUGGGGGAAUGGUUUAACUUGGAGCGAAGGAGAUGGUUGUGCCUUUCAGAAACACGCUGAGUUUAAGGGUGUGAUUGACAAGGUGUUAUCAGAAAAAAAAGAGAGAAAGAAAGAAGUAAAAUUCUACGAAGGACAACAGAAACAGGCACAAAAAAAAAAAAAAAUCAGAAAAGGAAAUAGCAAACAGACAACAGAAGCAGGAAAGCUAGAGAGAGGAGAGAGAGAGAAAAAGAAAAGAGAACAAGAAAAAAAAAAAAAAAAUAGAGCAGAAGAAGGCAUUUCAUAGUCCACGUCAUCACCAAAUCCCCUGAAUUAAUUCCCUGAAAGUGAGGAUAAAACACUCGCUUUUCAAAUAAUUACAUCCAAGGUGAAGCUCUGAUCAGUAGGGCCAAAAACAUCGAGGAAAAAAAUAAAUAAAGAAUAGAAAGAGGAGGAAAAAUAAGGAAGGGGAUUGAGACGGACGAAAGAGCGAAGGGAGAAGGUAGAGAGAGAAGAGAGAGAAGAGAGAGACAGCGUUUCAGUCUCCCCUCUCUCCUCCUCCCCUGCACACGCACGUUUCCAUCUGACUGACGUCUUUCAACAGCCAAGACUUCAGCUUUCUCGUCGACGUCCUGAAGAGUCUUCGCUUUUUUUUCUCGCAUCGCUCGAGGGAAGGAUUUUCUUUAUCUCUCUCUCUCGUUCUCCUUUUUUCAUGAUGACGCGGUUUAGAUACUAAAUUGCAAUUCAUUUAUGUAAUUGAAAACUAAAUAAAAAAUAAGAAAUAUCACAUCUACAAACGACAAUCAGACACUCGAUGGGAAGUGAGUAGAGGGUUUUUCCCUUCGAGCUUUCCCCGAGUCUCAAGACGCGUUAUUCGAAUUCGUCCAAGACAAGAGCUCUCGAGGCGCUGCGAUGGCCGGUGAUCGCCGUCCCCUCCCCUCGCCCUGCGGGGCUCUGAGCGGCAGCGGGGCCCUCGGCGAGCACCAGGGGGCACUCGCGAUGUAAGGGAGAGAAAGAGAGAGAGAGAGAGAGAGAGAGAGAGAGAGAGAGAGAGAGAGAGAGAGAGAGAGAGAGAGAGAGAGAGAGAAGGAGGCUCUCGUCAGAGAUCCAAUCAGCCACCAUUCGACCACGAAACCGCUGCUCAAGAUGGACCUCUUCGACCCGGUGCUCGACUUCGAGGGGGAGCUGAACGCCAGCCUCCGCUACGGCGCCCUCGACGCUGCCAACGACUCGACUGCGCUGGACUACGCCGUCGACGCCCCCAACGCCACCUUCGCGUUCGGCCUCAACGCCUCGAGCAACGAGACCAAGUGGGUCGAGAACGAGUACAACCUUCCCCUGUGGCGAGAGCUCAUCUGGUCCUUCGUGUUCGGCUCCAUGGUCCUGGUGGCCACCGGCGGCAACCUCAUCGUCAUCUGGAUCGUCAUGGCCAACCGCCGCAUGCGCACCGUCACCAACAUCUUCCUCGUCAACCUCUCCGUCGCCGACACGAUGGUGUCCACCCUCAACGUCGUCUUCAACUUCACCUACAUGCUCAACCUCCACUGGCAGUUCGGCCUCGUCUACUGCAAGAUCAGCCAGUUCGUGUCCAUCCUGUCCAUCUGCGCCUCCGUCUUCACCCUCAUGGCCAUCUCCUUCGACAGAUACGUGGCCAUCAUGUACCCUCUCCGACCACGAAUGGGCUGGAAAGGGACGAUUCUCAUCGUGGUAUGGAUCUGGGUAUCGUCCAUCUUCAUAUCGAUGCCCAACAUGCUGUUCUACACGACCGCAGCUCUGCCAAUUAAGGACGGAGGGGAGAGGAUCGUGUGCUACGGAGCCUGGCCGGACGGAGACCAAGGGGAGAGCCAUCUCGAAUACGCCCACACGGUGAUCCUGAUGGUGCUGACCUACAUCGUGCCGCUGCUGUGCAUGGGCUACACGUACGCCAGGAUCGGGAUGACGCUGUGGGGCAGCCGGACCAUCGGGGAGCAGACGCCGCGCCAGAUGGAGAGCAUACGUUCCAAGAGGAAGGUCGUGAAGAUGAUGAUCGUGGUGGUGACCAUCUUCGCCGUGUGUUGGCUCCCUUACCACGUCUACUUCAUCCUCUCCAAUGUGAUGCCAGAGAUCGCAUUUUGGUCUUACAUCCAAGAGACGUACCUAGCGAUUUACUGGCUGGCUAUGUCCAACUCCAUGUAUAACCCCAUGAUAUACUGCUGGCUCAACAGCAGAUUCCGGAACGGCUUCAAGAAAGUGUUCUCAGGGUGUUGUCCAUUCAUACAGUACGAGCGAGAACCGCCUGAUGUGACGCGCAUACAGACGACGCGGUUCUCCUGCUCUGGAUCUCCCGAGACACAUCAUCGUGUCUCCUAUGAUGGUUCGGUGCACAUCUCCAUGAGGACGUAUGUGUCUGAGGGCGGUGGAGGCAACUGCGGGCGUUCUUCCCACGGCCCCCUGAGGCUGUGCAACGGUGCCAACCUGCGGAGGGCCACAAACGGGGCCAACGCAAGGAACUACGGGGGCACUGGCACCCUGGGGGGGUCGGGAGGCUCUCCCAUGUCGGGCAGUAGCUAUACCACGACCUCAGCGAAGAAGAACGCCAAGUUUCCUUCAGUCGCAUACCAGUAUGUGUGAGUUUAUCCUGGUAUCAUCUGCUUUGACUACCACACGGAGAGCGAACGUACUCUCGCUAGCCUGCAACACGAACUCCCUCUAUCAUCAACACAAAAAGUAUCUCUUGCCCCUCGCUACGAAGAACCUUGAUCGCAUGUAUUUACCACAUUUUUGGGAUCUACACUUGCAUUCCAAUGUAAAUGUGUACCACGUAAAGGUUCCUUGAAUCCCCUAUUUCCUGAGAACGUGCCGGGCUGGAUCAUUCCGCUAGAAAGCUAUACUGAAGAUCUUUUUCGUUCUGAAGAAGGACUGACCAAGAUCUUGAAGGGAGACAUAAAGCGUUGGAAAGAAUAGUAUUUAGAAAACUAAUAACAACAUAGCUCCACCACAUGAAGAAUAUACUGUGUUAAAGUAUAAGCACAAACAAACGCAUUUAGAUAAAAAAGCAAGGGGUUUAAACCCUCGCCAGAUUUUCCUGCCAUCUUUCCAGGAUCAUAUAAGCAGAGUAGAAGUCUUGGAUAAACAAAGAAGUUUUGUACGUCAUCCACAGGAUAAGGAAAAUUGUCUGAAACGUGAAUAGAUGCUAUCUGAACAGCCUCAGGAGAACCAUGAGUUCGCAGCCCUGCCAACCAACGAAAAUGCGGCAUAACAACAUAACACAUGGAAAUGAAACGCUGGUAGAAGGAAUAGCAGAAGCAGAUACAAGUUGAUAAUAAUAAAGAUAUGCAAAGAGGGAGACAGAGACAUAAAGGGAGGAGAGACCAAAAACAUGGAAUAGAGAAGGGCACAAAUCAGCAUAGAUAAUACUUAAUGAAACAACUUAACCUUCAUUUGAGAAAUAGAAAUGCAAAUGAGAAAAACACACAAAGCGAGCUGAAGUAAAUCUAGGAAGGACUGUACACAAACACUAGAAAGUGAAGCACAACCAAUCCCUGUCUUUUUAAAAUUCAGCGAACCAAUCUUUUAUUCGGUGCUACAAGUGACUCACUGAAGAACAUGUUAACUUAGGAUGAUUAAGUUAAGAUUAAAGGAGAAAAAAAAGAAAAAAACGAAGACAGAAUUCUGUAAGGGUGACAUACGAAGCUGUGUUCAAGAUUAAGUAAUCUCAGAAAAGAUAAAAAACGAAAAAAGGGAAAUAGAAAGACACUACCAAUAUAACGAAAGAUAAAACACACAUAAAAAAGAGAAAAUAAGAUAUUUUCGUACUGGGAAGAUAAAGUGUAGAAGAUAACGAUCUUAGUCGUUAUUGAUUUAUGAAUAAUAAAGUGAUUAAGUUAUAUAGUAUAUGUAUAUGUCAGUGUGCUCCCGCGCGGGCAUUCGUUGUACCAGAUAUGUAUUCAAAACACAAUGGUUAACUAUAAGGUAUUAUUUGUAUAGUGCCAAUUGAUUUGUAUAAUAUGUA